AUGUCGUCAAAAGAGGAGCAGAAACGGCAACGCCCCGUGCCCAAGUUCGGAUCCUUCCAGCCGAAACCCACACCCAAGCCCGAAGCAGGGCCCGCAUCGGGGGAGGCGCGGAAAUCUGUCAGAGACCGGCACGGGGACCCCGGUGGGGAAUCCAAAAGGGGGCAUGAUGGCCGUCACCGUGAGAGACGCCGUGAUUCUCGGAAUCGGGGAGAUGAACGUCGUCGGGAUCGUGAGAGGGACGGAGACAGAAGACGAAGUGGGAGCAGGGAUGGGGAUGGUGAGAAAGAACGGGACAGGCACCGUGAGAGAGACCGAGAUCGAGACAGGAAAAGGCCCAAAGACAGGGAGCAGCACCAUAGCUCAAGAGAGGAUUCGGUCCAGCCCAAGACUCUCAGCGACAACUUCUUCAUUGACAAAAAAGGCGACCCUCUCAUCCUUCGCUACAGCGGCAACGACCGCUCCAAGAUCCCAGCCUACCACCGCUCUGGCCAUGGCAAAAUCCUAGGGUCAAGAGGCCAUCUCAUCCUCCACCGUGACGGCCCCAGAGAUUUAUUUUCUCUCUCCUUCUCCCGCGAGGGUCUGGGUUCGGCCUUCAGGGACAAAGCCCUCCUCUCACAAAUCCGACGCGCCAAAUCUCGCCGGAUCAGGUCCUCCACCAAACCACCUCCCUCACCAACAGACCAGUUCAUCUCUUUGACACCCCCCUCCUCCAAAAAGCGAAAACGCGGCCGGGAAAGCCCCUCAUCAUCAGACCCGGAGGAUCAACAGGACCGAAAGCCAGACUACAGGUCUAUUUACGGCAAGGCCAAACCUCCCCCAUCAGACUCCGAGUCUGAGUCUUCAGAUUCGGAGACCUCAUCCCCAGAACAAGAGAAAAAAGAGCUUUCUUCUGCCAGAAAAGAAUCCGUCACCCUCACCCGCCACCUCCGCUCCUCACCCGCCGACAUCCCCUCCUGGCUCCGGCUGAUCUCCCUGCAAGACGCCCUCUUUGCCCAAGACGUUGGCCAUUCCCGUCCCCGGACAAGCAAUGAAACCAUCGCCCUUGCCGAGUUGAAGUUGUCGCUUUAUCAGGAAGCGCUUGCCCAUUUGCCAUCUCGAUCUGGUGGUGAAAAGGAGGUUCUGAUCCUAGGCAUGAUGACCACGGGGCUUAACAUAUGGGAUGACAAAACCGCUGCGAAAAAGUGGGAGAGUCUCCCGCAAAAGUAUGGCGUAGCACCGGACGGGAGCUUUGAGCUGUGGCGCGCGAGGGUGGGUUGGGAGAUGGGGAGGGUGGGGUCGUGUACGGUGGACAGGAUGAGGGAUGUGUUUGUUGAGAAGCUGGGGGGUUUGUCAAGGGGGUUGGUUGGGGUGGAGGAGGGGGAUGAAAGGGGGGAGGUGUGCCGGCAGAUUGUCUAUGUCUUUUUACGCCUGACAAAGCUGUUGUUCGAGGCUGGGUAUACCGAGCGGGCGGUGGCUUCUUGGCAGGCGUUGUUGGAGAUGACGUUUUGCCGGCCCGGCACGGCGACAUCGGCGGAGGGGUUUGAAGAGUUUUGGGAGAGUGAAGUUGCGAGGUUUGGGGAGGAGGGGGCGAGGGGGUGGAGGUGUUUUGUUGAGAGUGGGGGGGAUGAGUUGCCGCCUGAUCCAAGGUUUGAGGACAAAAGGGAUGGGGUUGAUGUUGAGGAUUAUAAAGAUCCGUACCAGCUCUGGGCGGCUGUGGAAACGAAGCGGGCUGCGAAGACGAGGAUGCCGGCGAGGACGCUGGAUGAGGGGGUUGAUGAGGAUCCGUUUAGGGUGGUGAUGUGGGGGGAUAUCAAGGACUUUGUCGUCUGGUUCCCGGCCGGGGUUUUGGACACUGCGAAGAAAUUGGUGGUGGAGGCGUUUGGGGUGUUUGUUGGGAUUCCCUCCGGUUGUGAGGAACCGUUUGUGAAGGACUGGCGGCGAGAUCCAUUCUUGGCUCCCAAAAGCCAGGCUUUCCGGCCUUGGGAGAGACGCGAGGGACAAAACACGGAGAGCGUGGAUGUUGUUCUGUCAAAACGCCCCCCUGAAUUCGCUCAACAAGGCGGUGACAUGGCCACCUCACCCGAGCUUCUCUUCACCAGGGAGGGCUGGUUCAAAUGCCUGGACUCCUGGGACAAAACCCACCCCCCUGAAGAAACCCAACUCGACCUCCCAUGGGUGCUAGCCACACUCGAACGACUAGUCACAGACCACCACCGUGAAGACCUAGCAGAAAUCUACCUCGCCACGGUCUGGCUCAACACCGACGCCAGAACCACCAAAAAGGUUGCCAAAACUCUGCUCAAGCAAUACACCACCAACACCCCCCUCUACAACGCCUACGCCUUGCUGGAGCACUCCAACAACAACCCGGAACUCGCUUUCAAAAUCCUCGACUCAGCCACCAACCUCCCCAACAGCCAGCUCCUGUUCAACACCCAAACCUGGCUCCACCUCCUCUCCUCCCGCAACGACCUCGCCCUGACGACCCUCUGCCGCUCAGUCGACCCCUCCGUCUCCUCUCCCCCCUCCCCAGCAACGCUCCUCAGAGCUCGGUCUCAAUUCUCCACCACCCUCGACUUUUCCCUUUCUUCCCUCUCCCUCCCCACCGCCGCCGCCCACGCGGAGAGUCUCCUCUUACUAGCCUACCUCUCCCCUUCCUCUCCUCCCAGUGAACCAACCUCGUCCUCCCAAGGCAACAUCUCAUCAGCCCUGGGUGCAAUCACAGAUAUAACCCAGAAAUUCACCUCCCGCUCUUUAGAAUCCACCCCCUGUUUGGAAAAGCUCCUGCAAACCGCCUGCAGGCUGUCACACCACCACUCCCAGACAGGGCCUUACCGCCCGGCGCUUUUUUGUUCAACUGUCCUCUCUCACCUGGAGCUCUUCCCUUCCAACACCAUCUUUCUCGAACUCCUAUCCUGGGCACAACCCCCUUUGUUGGUCAAGGAUCCAGUCAGGGAGCUUCUCCAAACCAUCGCCCUCCAACCUGGACAUGACUCCCUCAGCACCCGGCGGUUUGCCAUCAUGCAUGAAGUCCACAACGGGAGUGCCCACUCGGUUAAAAAAGCUUUUGAAUCUGCCAUCACGGGGAGCGGGAAAGGGAAUGGGGAGAUCUGGAGGGGUUUUGUUCGUUUCUGUGCGGGCAGGAAGGAGGGAAAAGGGGUGUUUUACCGGGGAGUGGAGGGGUGUUGUCUGGAUAAGGGGUUGUAUCUUGCUGCUUUUGAGGAGGGGAUGGUGACGGACAUGGACAGGUCAGGAGCUUAG